AUGAAGUCGGAUUCAGAGGAUGAUCCUUCCAGUGAUGAGGAUGAGUUCGAAAACCGGCGCAUCCAUUGCUGGGUCUUGGUGCGGAAGGGUUCUCGAGAGGUUGCUGAAGACAUGUACCUCGAGCCGACCACGGGUCGCAUCUACUCUGUAAAGCGCUGUCCAUACCUCAAGAUUGACUUGAUCUGGAACCACCGCAACCUGUGGGUCAACAUGCAGGUAUGUGGAGCCUCGCAUGUUCAGCUUGAUCUCUACAACUCUCGCUACUUCGAGUACGUGAUGCUCGACGCCGACAAUCCAGGAAGCGACCUGGGAAGUGGCGGAAGAUAUGAGGGCGACGACACAGGUCCGACUGCCGUCCCAUCUGCAGGCGGCAACGACUCGGACGAGAGCCGAAGGGCGGAGCAAACGGCACAGAUAUUGGACCUGCCAUCACCCUGGAGCGAGCGACCGGAUAUUCCCCGCGAGAAGUUCCAUGCACGUUGCUACCAAGGGGAGAAGACGAUUUUCUACCACAAGUGCAAGGUGGAGCAGUAUGCGCCAUACACGCAAGAUGAUGGCCUAGUGCAGCGCAUUACCCUCUACAAGGACGUGCGCCGGCAGAUUCCCUUGGAGAUCCGUGAGCGAUUCAAGCAUCGGAAAGAUAAGCUUUUUGAGCGCAAACGUCGGCCCAUGCAGAAUGAGACGCUUGAGCGAUUUCUUCCGGGGCGGCCCUCCACAUCUGCCUCAAAUGCGGGUGGUGCUCUCAAGGAGUACCGAGAGGUCAGUGGAGCGACUGGG